AUGUUGUCCGCCCUCGGAGGCAACCUGUCCAAUGCGCGACAAUCGAUUGCCCAAGUCCUCAACUUCGCCCUCGUUCUUUCCACAGCCUUUAUGCUAUGGAAAGGCGUCUCGAUAGCGUCGAAUUCCAGCAGUCCCAUUGUCGUCGUAUUAUCCGGAUCUAUGGAACCGGCAUUCCAGCGCGGAGAUUUACUGUUUUUAUGGAAUCGGGCCGAGAGGACUGAGGUGGGAGAGAUUGUGGUUUAUAACGUUCGAGGCAGAGAUAUUCCUAUUGUCCACCGAGUUGUCCGAUCAUAUACCGAAGAAGACAAGAAACUUAAGGCUAAAAAUAAGAAAGCCGGACUACCCACCGUCGCUCCCCAGAAAUUACUCACAAAAGGAGACAACAACCUUGCCGACGACACAGAACUGUACGCUCGAGGACAGGAUUUCCUAGAUCGCAAGGAGGAUAUUAUCGGUAGUGUUCGGGGGUAUAUUCCUGGUGUGGGAUAUGUCACAAUCAUGUUGAGUGAGCAUCCAUGGUUGAAAACCGUCUUAUUGGGCGUUAUGGGGUUGAUGGUUAUAUUGCAGAGGGAGUGA